CUGCGGUGGGAUGACCAGGCCGCGGUGCAGCCUCCGGGCGGGCGGGCGCCAUGGCGGAGGCGGAGGCGCAGGCGGACCCGCUGUCGUUUUUCGCGGCUUAUGGCAGCUCGAGCUCGGAGUCGGAGUCAGAGCCGGAGCUGGAGGCGGCCGGGACUGGGACCGGGGCUGGGGCCGGGACUGUGGAGCCGGGGGCAGGAGGAGGAGGCGCCGCCGCCGCUCCCGCUCUCCCCGCCCCACACGAGCUGUUCGGCCGUGUGUCGAGGCCCAGUUUCCUGCGCGAUCCCCGCGGCGGCUCCAUCGACUGGGAGCGGCGGCGCCUGCGGCCUCCACACGAGCCGCCUAAAGAGUUCCGCGCGUGGAAGGGCAGCGCGGUGCCGCCGCCGGAGAGCUACGACACGGAGGAGAGUAAGGUGCCGUCGGGCGUGGACAUGGCGGUGAAGUGGUCCAGCAUGUACCAAGACCACGGUGACGAUGCUCCUCACCGCGACACUGGCGCUCUGCCCGGCACUGCCGACAACCCCGACUCAGACGAGGAGAACAAGGAGGAGCCUUCCUCGAAGAAGCUACGGACCGAGAGCUUCCAGCAGAAGGAGAAGCGCAAACGCAACGAGGGCCAGGCCAACCGCGAGAAGAGUUUUGUGGAGGAGGAAAAGCGCAUCCUCAGGCAGGAAUUCUGCCCUAAGGAUUGAAUGGAGGGAGAGGGAGAGGGAGUGGGAGUGGGAGAGAGAGAGUGUGGGAGAGACAAUAGACAAUAGGUGCAGGAGUAGCGAGCCAGCACCGCCAUUCAAUGUGAUCAUGGCUGGUAAUCCACAAUCAGUACCCCAUUCCUGCCUUCCCAUAUCCCCUGACUCCUCUAUCUUUAAGAGCACUAUCUAGCUCUCUCUUGAAUGUAUCCAGAGAACUGCCAUCCACCGCCCUCUGAGGAAGACAAAUAGACAAUAGGUGCAGGAGUAGGCCAUUUGGCCCAUCGAGUCAGCACCGCUAUCUUUUGUCUACCUUCGAUUUUUCCAUCUGCAGUUCCUUCCACAGACUCACAACUCUCUGGGUGGAAAAGUUUUUCCUGAGAGGGAGGGGGAGUGGGAGGGGGAGAGGGAGAGGGAGGGGGAGUGAGAGUGAGUGGGAUUGGGAGUGAGUGGGAGUGGGAGCUGCCUGCACAAGGCCAGCUCUGCCGGCUGUGUGGACGAUACUGCCACUGCCCAUGGAAGGUCUGUGACAUAAAGCACCGUGUGUACGCCUCCACCACUGGCUUGUAUCUGAGCACAGGACACAGGCUUUGUUCUGCUGUUGCGUUUGACUGUGUGUCCACAAACAUCUGGUGAGGUAGUGUGGACUAUGUGCAAUGCUAUUCAAACAAGCAUCACUCUGAUAUCUCGGCUCCGUGCCGUCAAGGAAUGUUUCGUCAGUCAUUUGUUAACUAUCAAACUGGCACUUUAACAAUAUCUUCCUAGUGUUUGAAGCUGUCUUUGUUUCCUAUUAAAAGUACUUUUUACAACA